UGCGGUAGGACGACAGAGCUCGGCACUCGGUACACGUCUUGGUGCAAAAUGUACGAGUCAGUCACGAAGCCAGGCCAGUGAGUCGACAAGAAAUGCAACCCCACGUAAUAAACUUCGCCUUUACUGUGACCAACGCGACACUUAGAACGUAGUACAUAUUUCAAGUUUUCAGUCGAAGUUAAACGAAUGGGGACUCCCGUGGUUAAGAAAUGGCAAAUGAAGUGUUGAAAACGUGUAAAAUCGACAGGAGACAGUAUGAAACGUCUGUAACCGUCACGGAAUGCCUGGAAUCGACAGCAAAUCACGGGAUCUAGAUUUUAAAAACGUACACAAUAAAAGUUCUUACUUUUUAAUCUCCUAAAGCAAUAUACAUUAUUCAGAUUAAAAUUUGUGAAAAUAGUGUAAAGUUCAGAGGAAUUAGUAUCAAGUGGUGAUGGUUAUUCACAGAAAUUAACCAAUCAAGGCGAAAUAUGACAGACGAGUCCGUUAGGUCACUCUUACUGCAUUAUCGAAAGAAAUUGGAGCAUGUGACGUCAGACUGGAAUCAACGUAUUAUCACCUCCACGAAGAUCUCCAGAUUCAAGUUCUAACUGAAUCAGCAAGGUGGCCACAGGGACGUUCAGUGCUGAAAUGGUUGGCGUCUCCUCAGCUGCGAUGGGCAACGUCUUCAUCGUAAUUUGCUGCUCUUGGAUUGGUCCUGCACGGUCGGCGGUCGCCAUGAUCGGGGCUAAUCUUCGCUACGGCAGCAUCUCGACGGCGAACGCAACGAACGGUGGUCGGGUGUUCCAGUGUCACCCUGGAGGAACGAUGGAAGCCACCGUCAUUUUCAGCCUCGGAGCGCUCGGAAUGGCGGCGAACAUCGCACUCAUGGGACUCAUUCUCACCAAGAGGCAACUGAGAAGAUGGUCACAAGGGCUGUUGUUCCACCAAGCUCUGGUGGACUGUGCGCGGGCCGCCAUAUUAAUACCACUGGGAAUUAGCAUCUUCAGGUGCCAGCCCGUCAACAAGUGUUCUCUGGUAGAGACGGCAUUUCUACUUCUGGUAACCGUGUCGACAGUCAACAUGCUCACUACAGUGCUCAACGACUCGCCAGUGUUCCCCCAGGGCGACGAGGACGAGGCAGACCUCACGGCCCCUCUCCUGAUGGACUCUCCGCAGUGCGUCUUAUUCGGAACUUUUAUGAUAUGGUUCGCGAGUAUCACAAUCAACCUCGGGCCUACAUUCUUAAGCGGGGCGCUAGCAGCUAACUCAGAGACCGGGCAUAAUGCCCCGAGCUGCCCACUGGUACAUGGACCUUUCAGGCACUACGUGCUUAACGUUCUGUGGAUAGUAAUCAACGCUAUCUGUGUUGUGUUAACACUGUUUCAUUUACACAAGUUGCAUAGAGAUCUGACCAAAGCGAACGUCGAAGCUGUGCGGGUUGCAGAACUCGUGACGACGCUGGUCAGCGUCACUUCUGGUUCUUCAGCGCUACGCCAUGGAAACGAAGCUACGGAGCGGCCUCGUGAGAACUGUGGAAGCGGGGCAAUUGGCGAGCAACGACGCAUGCGCAACUACUUGCGUCGAAUGGAACGAGAAGGAGUUGAGAGAGUGAAAAUGUUCCUGGUCAUUACCACCGCCUACAUUCUUUUCUGGGGUCCGCUCUUCUUUGUCACACUCGUCCAUCAUCCUGCCCUAGGAAACCAACUUGGUUACGAGAUAACUCUUCACGUGGCGUACCUACACGCAUUUGUCAACCCUACACUCUUCAUCGUGCUUCACCGCGGUCUGCGACAAGCCGCUCUGGACCUAUGCUGCAGCUGCUGUGCCUCGUGGAACACGUGGUUCCUCAACAUUACUUCCAGCAGCAUCACCGAUGACCCCACAUUGCUACCACCACCACCACCCCAACCUCCGACGACGGCAUUUGGACACAUUUCGUUAUUAGAUCCACCAUUACCUCCUGCUAACAAUAUACCUCAACUGGGAAACGAGAAUUUGAUCCAUCGCAAUGACCUAUGGGGUCCGUCCAUCAACAGCCACCAGCAGAUUCAAAUUCUCGACGAAGACGACGACGAAAUGACGACAAUGUGUCCAGUGCUGCCACUCAACGGUGGUGAGAGUGUAAGGCAGUACUCGUCCAAUACUUGCAGUGAACUGGGUUCGCCUCCCGGCUCACAACAAGGCACGAGUAGCAGCGAGUGAAACAUCACACAGGGGAUCCUGCCAAAGAUCCUGGAUUGCACGCACUCGCCUUCGCUAUAGGCAUCACACAACACGCACGCCAAUAACAUGGAAACGAUAAGAAAUAAGAUUCUUUUGGCUAUUCCUGCUCUUAGAACAUCCAUCUUAAAAGAAAUAUCCACUUUCAAGAUUAAGCAAAUAGACCUACAUGUAAUCGUUUAAAGCUUAUUUACGAAAAAGUGAAACCUAAAUUGCAGACAGACGUAAAAUGAUGUACAUUGACGCUGGAACAAAAUAUCAAAUUCACAUCCUGAAAAAACACAAUCCGUUCAGAGAA